AAGAGACCAACCCAAACAGUCUCUGUGAGAUAAAGAAGCAACGCGCCCAAAGUUUUAAACCAUGAGCUGGGUGGUGGAGGAGUGGAAGGAUGGACUUCCAGGGAAAGCCCUGCAGAAGAUCCAGGAGAUGGAAUCGCAGCUAGACAAACUGAAGAAGGACAGGAACCAGAAACAGUUUCAGCUGGACUCCUUAGAGGCUGCCCUGCAAAAACAGAAACAAAAAGCGGACGGUGAACGUUCUGAGACUUCUGCUUUGAAAAGAGAGAACCAAUGUUUGGUAGAGUCUUGUGACUCUCUGGAGAAAGCUCGUCAAAAGGUCGUCCAUGACCUCGGAGUCAAAGAGCAGCAGGUGAACUACCUGGACGGUCAGCUGAACGCUUGCAGGAAGACCAUAGAGCGACUGGAGCAGGAGCUUAAGAAGUACAAAAAUGAACUGGACCGUUCGCAGCCUACUGGCUCUUCCACCUUGUCCUCCUCUUCUGAUCUUCAGCCCUACACUACUCCACAGAAGAGUUUCCCUACCCCAGUUUCUGCCGCAGCCUACAGACAGCAGGAUAACAGAGUAGAUGAGCUUCAAGAGAAAUACUGCCAGGAAGUAGAAGAAAGAAAAAGGCUGGAAACUGAACUCAAAGUGCUGCAGGUCAAAAUGUUGAACCAAUCCUCAGUCAGUGUGAGCCACAAGGACAUAGCUGCCCGCCAAGCUGGAUCUUCCAUUUUCCCAUGGCAACAGGAUCAGACCCACAGCCGACAGUCCCAGGGUGCAAUGGAAACGCCUCUGAAGAGGCGGGGAGCCUCCCUUUGGGAUGCCCAUGAGGAGACCCCCAUUAAAACCAGCCAGAGGAUGAGCUCUACCAGAGCAGUGCAGAGUCCCUGUGGAUCCUCCCAACAGAUGGAGCAGCUGAAGACACUCAACCAAGAGUUGCGUGGCCGUGUGUCAGAGCUGGAGAGGAAUCUGUCCGCUCAGGAGAAGGAUAUUCGUAGCCAAGCCUCCAAGCUGCAGGAACUUCAAACUCAACUGAACCAGGCCCGCAAAGAGCUGAAUGACCGAGACCGAGACCUGGCCAAGACCAGCCACGAGCUGAGUCAGGCAACAGACAGACACCAGCAGGUUGUAGCCAAGUGUACUGCAGUCGAACAGAAGCUGAAACAAGUCUCGGAGGAGAUGAGCUGUCAGAGGCACAACGCUGAGAGCAGCAAACGAGCCCUGGAGCAGAAACUCAAGGACCAAGAGAGAGACAGUCAAAAGGAGCUAGCUCAGCUGCAGAAUUCUCACCAGGCUUUGGACCAGCAGCUGAACCAGACCAGAACCAAGCUAACACAAGAGAUCCAACAGUCUAAAAAAGAACACAACGUCCUGCAGGCUGACCAGGAGAAGUUGUCCUUUCAAAAGAGUCAGAUGGAGAGAGAGGUGGAGGAGCACAAACAGAAACUGCUGAGGUCAGAGCAGAGCCUCCAGGUCAGUCAGACCAAAGAGCAGGAACUCCGCAAGAAAAUGGAGGAGCUGCAGAGAGAGAAGAACAGUGUGACUGUUCAGUUGGAUCAGAGCAGCAGGCGUCUUAAUCAGCUGGAGGAGGAGAAGAAGAGUGCAGAUCAGAGCUUUAAACGCACCCAGGGUUUACUAGAUGACCUCAAAGUGAAAUCUGAAGGGCAGGCUGACGAGCUGAAGAGACUUCAGACUAAACUGGAGCAGCAGACUCAGACUUCAGCUCGAGAUCUGGAACAUUUGAAAAAGACCCUUUCUGAUGCAGAGACCAAACAUGACAGAUCUCAGAGUGAACUGCAGAAACAGAAGCAAGAGACGGAGAUCCUGACCAACAAGUUGACCGUUUUGGAGAAGGAGAGCCAGGAGCUAAAAUCCAAUCUCACUGCGAGUCAGGAGGAGAGUAAAGAACUGAAACAAGAACAUCAAGUUCUGCUGGAGUGGAAGAAAGAAAAGGAGACCUUGGUUAAUGAAACCGAGGCUGUGCAAAAAGUCCUUAAUGACAAGAUUGAAAACUUGGAGAAGAGCAUCAACUCGCUGAAUGAGGCUAAUGAUCAAGUUAAGAAGCAGCUCACGUGUGUCGAGGGAGACAAGGCCAGUCUGUCUGCUCACAUCGAUUCCCUGAAGGGAGAACUUCUGAACAAGAGCACCGAGUUCGAAGAGAGGGAGCAUCAGUACAACCAGCUCCAGUCUCAAUUCUCAGAGUCCGGACAGAAGCACGCCAAAGACCUGGAGAAUGUGGCUGUGCAAGUGGCUCAGCUUGAAGCACAGAUCAAAGCUCUGGAGUUGCGGUUGCAAAGGGAGACGAGUCGAGCAGAGCAGGCUGAGAAGACGAUCACAGAGCUGCAGGAGGAGCACCAGGCCGCCUGUGACCUUGCUGGCUCCAAAGAUCAGCUGGUGGAGUUAGGCCAAUCAGAGAUCAGCCAGCUGAAAGAGAGCCUUGCUCGCACCUCUGCACAGCAAGAGGAGCACGCUGCCAGGUUGCAAGAGGAGAAGGCGGCCCUCCUGAAGCAGUGUGAGGAGAGUGUUUCAGCGAAGGCGGAAGAGAUUGAGCAGCUCAAGCUGCAGCUGGAAGAAGUUCGGCAAGAGCUGCUGCUCACCAAAAGCCAGGUCAGUUCAACGGAUCAUUUGCUAAAGAUCCAGGAGCAACUGGGAGCUGAGCUUCAGAAACAAAUCAAGACGGUGUCUGAUAAAGAAGAGGAACACAAAAAGAUGCUUGAGAAGAAAGCAGAAGAGCUCAAACAAUUAGCGGAGGAGCUGAAUGAUCUGCAGAGCCACGCAGAAGAGAAGGAGAAGCAGCUCGGAGAGGCUGAAGCUCAGAUUUUGUCUCUGGAGAAACAAGCGACUGAGCUAGAAAAGGCAGUUCAAGAGACGAAGAAAGAGGCUGAGAACCUCCAGCAGGGUCAUACUGAGAAGAUCACCAGCCUUUUGGAGCAGAUAUCUUCCUUAGAAGAGGAGCUUACUGCAAGCAAAGAUGAAGCAGAGAAGCUUCAUGCCUUGAAGAAUGAACUGGAAGUGGUCAACCAGUCCCAUGCUGAUCUUAAGAAGCAUCUAGAAGCUCUUGAGACGAGUCACUCCUCUACUGUUCAAAUAAAUUCCAACUUGGAGAACACCCUGAACGAGAAACUCAAUCUGAUCUGUAAUUUAGAAAACGAAAAUAAAGAGCUCAAGGACAAGGCAAGCAAAGAGUCCGAGAAUCAGGCUUUAGAGGUUGAGAAUUUCCUCAACAAAGAGAAGAUCCUCAAAGAGAAACUUGAGGCUGCUAGGAAAACAGUUAAUGAUGCAAAGACUGAAUCAAGUACUCGACGGGGAGAGAUCAAGAGCAUGAAGACGACUCUGUCUGCUGCUUCACGCGGCUUAGAAGAGAGAGACAAUGAGCUAAAGAGUCUGAAAGAGAAGCUGAAUAAAGCUGAGGCAGAGCAGACUAGGACAUCUGAUCUCCUGAAGGAGAAGAUGGUUGCCAUGAACAAAAUCAAGGUUCAGCUGGAGAUGCUGCAAAUGGACCUGGAGGACAACGAGACAGUCAGGAACUCUUUUGAAAGUCGGGUUGAGGAGCUGAGGGGAACGAUAGAGUCGCUGGAGGCUCAGCUGACUCACAACCAGACCCAGAUGACUGACAUGGAGACUAGACUGGAAGACAGCCAAGCCCAGGUCUCUGUCUUGGAAACCCGGUUAGAGGAGGUACAAUCCCAGAACUCGAUACUGGAGACACAGUUUGUCACAGCUAGGGACGAGCUGAUGGAGAGGAGCUAUGAAAUUACUCGUCUGGAAGAGGACGUUGCCCAUCAGAAACAGCUGGAGGAGACUGUUGCUAAUUUAGAAUCUAAGCUCUGUCACGCCACAGAGGAAAAUGUCAAGUUGGAGACAACUCUCAGACAGGUAAAAGAAGACAAUGACAACCAUCUUAACCAGUUACAACAGGAGAAACACAGCCUUGAAGCUUCUUUGAAAUGGUUAACAGAUGACAAAGGAAAUAUUGAAACUGAAAUGAUUCAAGUAAAUACAGAGAAGAAACACCUGGAGACCAGUUUGGAUGAGCUUUACGAGAAGAACAAACAACUGCAGAACGAAAUUCAGCAGUUAGCUGAAGAAAAUCAGAAGGUCAAUCAACUCACCGCUGAGAAACAAGCUGCUGAAUCAGCUCUGAGACGGGUCCACGAGGAGAAGGCCCAAUUUGAUGUUACCCUCACUCUAAUAAAUGAGGAGAAAAUCCAACUCGAGGCUCAACUUAAUAAGCUAGCCUCUGACAACAGUAACUCCGUCACUAAAUUUAAUCAAGUAGUUGAGGAAAAGCUUCAGCUAGAAGACAAUUAUAAUCAGCUGACUAAGGAGAAAAUCAAGCUACAAUCUAGUGUGGAUCAAGUAACCGAGGAGAAGCUGCUGUUACAAGAAUGCAUCGAGAGGCGGGAAGAAGAGGUGGCUUCACUUACAGAGCAGCUCGAGAGGAUGGGCAAGGUGACUGAGGAGGAGAGCAGAGAGAGGAACCAGCGGUUUGAGGCGGAGCAGGCUGAGCUGCAUCACAAGUUGGCAAGCUUACAGACUGAGCUGACUGUGUUCAAACUGCAGUACGACUCACUGCUGGAGCAGGUGGGCCAGCAACACGGCCUUAUACAGCAGCUGAGCGAAUCACAAGGAAGCCAGAACCCAGGAGAAGAACUCAUCCACAUGGAGAACGAGGAGACGUUGAGUAUUGUUGCAGCAGGACAGAUUGAUGUAGAGCCGACACUUAUGAACGCCAGUCUUGAGUCCCUUCCAGUAAAUGAACAGUUGAGCCCUGUGGCGUCUGAACUGGAGGAACUUUCCCACCAUUCUGACAAGGACUUCAGUGAGACAGAGCUGGUGUUCAAGGAGGACAUCAGUGAGCAAGAGAUGAUCCAGGAGACGCUGGACGAGGAGAGGGAGGCAUGUGUAGCCGAUGUUGAGGAGACUAGCUGUAAUGAGGAGCAGCAACAGCUUCCUGGUAACAGCAGUAGUCCAAGAGAUGUCCCUGAAAGUACACCUGAAAUCUGUGAGGUUUCUCUACCAUCAUCAUCCAUUGGUGAGACCAGACAGUCAGAGUCCUUUGAAUCAUCCAAGGUCCAAGAUGACACAGCUGCGAUCACAAAACAAGAACUCCAGACCCUGCGCUCAGAGUUUGACUCACUCAGUUCAGAACUCACACUGAGAAUGGAGUUGACCUCUGAACUUGAAGUCCAAGUUCAAAACUUAGAGAAAAAGCUUCAUGCAACAGAGGAGCAGGCACAGGGCGCAGCGAAUAAACUGAGCAUCGCUCUGGAGGAAAAGAAAGUCGCUGCUGACCAGUUGUUCCGGGUGUCAGAAGAGAGGGAGACAUUAACUCAGCAGCUGCAAACAGCUAAAUUCCAGCUGGCUGAUGUUAUGGAGAUGAUGGAAGGACUAGAGAUGACCAAAGGUGGUUGGGACGAGAAAUUCCUUCAGCAGGAGAGUGAGCUGAGGAGGGUUCGCUCUGAAAAAGCUAACCUGGAGCAGCACAUCCUGGGCAUGGAGUCUGAGCUUGAGACCUUGCAGGGGGAGAGAAACAAACUGGGGAAUGAGAUGGAGACGCAGAGGAGGACAUGUUCAGGCAUGGAGCAGCAGAUGGAAACACUCAGGACAGAGACAACCCAGCUGAGGUCUGAACUUGUGUCCUGCGCUGAGGAGAGAGACGACCUAUAUCAGUCCUUGGGCCAAUGGAGAGAGAAAGUUCACAACCUGGAGAAGACUAAUUGUGACACCAGAAACCUAAUCUCCAUCCUGGAGGAUGACAUCAAAGCAGGGAGGAAGGAGUAUGAAGCCCUUCAAUGCAGCAUGGAGAAACUGAAGACUGAGAAGCAGCAGCUGCUGGAGCAGCUUAAGGCACUAGAGCAGGCAAUGUCCAAUCAGACCGGAGAAAGAGAGGAGCUGAUCGGGCAGCUGGACAAAAUCAAAGAAGAUCACAACUCGGCCGAUAACAACACUGAGUCCAUGGUGGGCAAGAUACAGGCUUUAGAGGGAGAAGUGUGCCGCCUCUCUCAGUCUCUGGAGUCUUCUCUUCUGGAAAAAGGAGAGAUUGCCUCUCGCCUGAACUCCACACAAGAGGAGGUCCAGCAGAUGAGAACUGGUAUUGAAAAGCUGCAGGUCCGCAUCGAGUCAGACGAGAGGAAGAAAAAGAAGAUGGGCGAGCUGCUCAAAGCUGCCCAGAGGAAAUCUGACUCACUGCAAGAUCGCAUUGCUGUCCUGGAGCGAGAGAAGGAAGACCAAGAUGAGAGUCUAGAGGAGGCUGUGCUUCAGGCGGAAACAGCCAAAGCUGAGCUGGAGGAAGAAAUGAUAAAGGUAGAGGAGGAGAAGAGGGAACUCAUUGAGAAACUCACAGAGCUGUCUGCCACACUGGACAGCCUGAGAUCUGAGAAAGAACACAUGGAGAAAGAGCUGGAGACCAAAAACAGAGAGAUAAAAGAACUGAAGUCUGCUAAGGAGCAGCUGGAGAGAGGGUUGGAGAAGGCAGAGGUGGAUAGAAGAGAGGAAGAGGAAAGACAGAAAUGCAGGGUAGAAGAGCUGGAGAAAGGAAUGAGAGAGGAAGCUGAGCUGCAAACAAGGAAAAUGGAUGACCUCCAGGAACAGCUGGAAGCCUCCCUGCAGAGAGAAACCUCCUUUGAGCAUAAGAAUGCCGAAACAGAAGGGGAGAAAGAGAGGCUGCAGUCUCUGCUGGUGGAGAUGGAGGAAGAGAAAUCCUGUCUGCAGGCUUCUCUGGAGGAGUGGCAGACAGAAGGAGAGAAGCUCCGCUCUAAGGGAGAGGAGUGGGAGAAGGACAGUAACAACCUGAGGAACAGUAUUAAGGCUCUAGAGGAGGAAAUAAAAGAGCUCCAAACACAGAUUAAAGCUAAAGGAGAAGAGAGGGAAAUGCUGGAGAAGGAAGCAGAGCAGAGGAACGCUUCAGUACAAUCAAUCUCGUCUCUAAUGAUGGAAAAAGAACAGACCGACGAAGAGAACAGACGUCUGGCAGAAGAAAAGGAGAAAGUGCUCUCGACUCUGUCUGCAGUGGAACAGGAGAAAGAUCAUCUGCAGUGCACUCUUGCAUCUGUAGAAGAAGAGAAAGAAAGGCUGGAGCAAGAGAGGGGGCUGUUAGCUGACGAGAAGGAAAAGCUACAGGCUAACCUCUCCUUGAUGGAACAGAAGAUGCAACAGACUCUUUCUUCAUUGAAGGAAGAGAAGGAAAGAAUAGAGGAGCAGAAACUAAAGAUCGACGGAGAAAAACAAAAACUGCAGUCUUCCCUCUCUUUGAUUGAAGUCGAGAAAAACAACCUGUCUUCAGCCCUUUCCUCCCUGGAACAAGAGAAGCAAAGAGCAGAAGAAGAGAAGGAGAAACUCGUAGGAGAACAACAGACUCUUCGGUCUACAGUUGCUUCUAUGGAGAAGGACCUGGAGGAGUCCCAAGUGUCUGCAGCAAAGCUCAAUGAGCAGGUGUCAGAGCUAACUUCUGAGGCCGCUCGUCUGUCCAAAGAGAGAGACUCUGCCCGGAGCAAGAUGAGUCUCUGGAUGAAUACCUGCAAACAGCUAGAGCAGGAGAAGCAAGAACUGCUGAACGGCUCAGGAGACGUAAAGAGCAGCGAGGAGGUGCAGAUUGAGGUGAAGCAGCUAAAGAAAGAAGCAGAGAAGGAAGUGAAAGACCUGAAGACUGCUCUGCUGCAGAAGAAGGUGGAGGCAGAAGAAAAAAUGGUAGAGUCACAACAAAAAAGCAAGGAGGUGGAAGAACUUAAGGCUGCCCUUGAUGGAAAGAACAAAGAGCUAGAAGAGAGGAACGGAGAGCUGCAGGAGAUGAAGAGCGAGUUGGACGAGGUUAACCAAAUCCUGGAGGAGAAAAGCAAGGAGGCAGACGAGAGCAUCGAGAAAUACUGCAGCAUUAUGGUUAAAGUCCACAAACUGGAAGAGACCAAUGAGGCACUGACAACCCGGCUGGAGCAGCUCACUGCUAGCAAACCAGCUAACGAAUCCAACGUCCCCUCUAGCAGCGCUGACGCUACUCGCCGCCGCCGCUCAGGGAGGAAGUCUUACUCCAAACAUCCCGAGGAAAAACUGGAUGAAAACAUGGAGAACAUGGCUCCUUCAAUGCUGCAGAGGUCUCCUCAGGGGAAACGAGGUCACGGUGACAUCAGUAAUAAAGACAGCGCCCAGGAAGCCCUGCACAACCUGACAAAGAAGAUCAAAGCCAGCGCAGUGACUACACCCAAACCAAAAACUGAACAGGAGGACGAUGAGUUCAAACCAGAGGGGCUACCUGAGCUGGUGCAGAGAGGGUUUGCUGAUAUUCCUCUGGGGGAGGCCAGUCCGUUCAUCAUGAGGAGAACCACAGUGAAGCGCUGCAGUCCUCGACUCGCUGCCAAACAGACUGUUCCCACAUCUGACGGCAUGGUGUUGGGGUCCAUGCCCUGUCUCUCCCCGAACGGUGAAGAGAAAUCUGCACACCGCUCACUGAGUGUGCAUCAGUCACCAGAGCCCAAACAGAAACAAGAAGACAACUGCCAAGUCCAGUAGAUUAUGUACACACACACACACUGUUUUGCACUUGUGAUUUAUUUGUAGAAAUAUACACAUGCACAUUCACAAUUAUUAUAAACAAUCCACCUUUUUAAAAUCCCUCAUCACACAUGAACAGAAAGACUCAUUUUUAAAAUGAAACGCUGUUCUUCUUAUUUGGGGGUUGGUAGGCUGUGUGUCACUUUCUUCUGGGCCUUUAACGUUACAACUACGGUUUUACCUGUCAAUGUCUUCUUUCUCUGUUGGAUGGUUUGCACACAUUACAAAGAAAUCAUUAACCAAUACAAGAUGGUGAGGUUAAACGAGUGUUGAGUGUCUUCAUAGCACUAUUUUUCAUUAUGCUCUGUUUUAAAGAUUUUUUAAGAAAUUGUCCUAGAAAUGUCGAACGUGUAUUUUUACUCAAUGUACUACUCCUCUUUCUUCGUGGCUUCAGCUUGCAACCGUUUCAUUGUCUUUACCACUCACUACUGGUUGUACUUUAUUUCCUUCUGUACUGUUAUUCUGUCCUUUGUUUUCAUGAGUCUUGAACCUUGUACAUAGUCGAUAAAAUACAGUAAACCAGCUAUUCUUCAUCUCUGUUAGUCCUGUAACAUAUCAGAUAUUUGCUAAUGGCAGCUAAGACUUUGUAGAUUUUAUGCAGAACACAUGUUUUUUUUUUACUACUUACUAAUCUUUGCAGCAAAUAUUAAAGCAGAGGUGAUUUUUAUAAC